AUGCAAAAGUUCAGCAUGGAGGGAUUUUCACUAACCGUUCUCUGUCUUCUUCUUGGAGGGAUCGUCCUUUCAGAAUGCCAGCUGAGUUCCUACGUCCAGCAGGUGUACACAGACAUCGUGGACAAGAACAAUCCGAGAAUCAAACCCGUGGUGCAACAGUCCAAGCAGAUCGUCGUCUUUCUGACGUACUUCCUCCUGUCUAUCAACGGAUACGACGAGAAGUCGCAGACCCUGAGGACGUCGGGCUACCUGCAGAUGGUCUGGUACGACGAACUCCUCUCCUGGAACGCAAGUGCUUACGGUGGAGUCGUGCAGCUCAAGCCAGAUCCCAAUAAGGUGUGGAAACCAGAUAUCACCAUCAAAAACGCCGUGAAUCACAACGAAAUGUUCUCUUCUGCGUUCAGUCUGAAUCUCUUCAGCAACGGGAUGAUCGUAUGGUACCCAGGAGACGACCUUGACACCUAUUGCAACAUGGACGUCACCUUAUUUCCGUUCGACACGCAGAAAUGCAGCAUCGAGUUUUUCAUUGGCUCUCAGCCGCUGUACGCCGUAGACAUGCACCCGAAGAUUGCGAACAUAUCCAUGACGGCGUUCCAGCUGAGUAACGAAUGGGACGUGACCAACACUUCGGCUGUUCGUGAAUUGCGGGUCUUGUCGAAGUUCGAGUUUCCCUUCAUCGUCAUGUCCAUGACCAUGCGCAGAAAGCCGUCCAACCUGAUCCUCAGCGUCUUGCUUCCGGUUCUGAUAGUGGCCUUUCUGAACAUCUUCGUCUUUCUCGUGUCUGCUGAAUCAGGCGAGAAGCUGUCGUUCGCAGUGACCGGACUUUUGACUUACACCGUUCUUCUGAGUUAUGUUACGCACACGUUACCCAAGACGACGGACACGACAUCGAUCCUGGCCGCCUUCGUCGGAGUCAUGACCGGCAUGAACGCAGUUUUUAUUCUACUCACGAUUAUCUCCCUUAGAAUUUUUUUCCGCGAUCCCGAGUCACAUCCGGUACCCAUGUUCGCCAAGCAAUUCGUCACGUGCCUCAGAUGUAUUACCGGUUAUGACGCCAAAUAUGACGUCAGUACAAAAAAGAUGAAGAUUCAACCGGUCGACGAUAAGGUAUUUACACCAAAGGGAGAGAAUUCUGGACAGAAGUCUCGUCAAAUCACCUGGAAAGAUGUCAGCAGGUCGUUUGAUAAACUUUGCUUCUACAUCUUCAUGGCCGGACUGAUAACUGCACUGUGUGCAGUAUUCGUGAUAUAUAUGUAA